UUUUCAUUCAGUCCGGAUUUUAUCGCGGUUUGUUGACGCUGAACGUCUCACUCCGACAUUCUGGACUCUUUUGUGUUUUAAAGUGUUCAGUUCUUGAACAUUAGCGGUUAAAACAAACACACUUGUCAUAAUAUUAAUAGUAAAAAUGACGGAGAAGAAGGACGGUGCUGUUUUUGCCCGGACUGUACUGCAGCAGUGUUUGCACGCGACACUGCAGGUGAAACCCGCCGAGGACCAAUCACAGGCUCAGUUUGUCCAGAUCGACAGAGGAAUGGUGAUCUACAUCUGUUUCUUUAAAGGAGCCACAGACGAUAUCCUGCCCAAGAUGGUGUCCACUCUGCUGAACCUGCGGCUCUGCGAGUCAGACUCAGGGAGGAUGGUGUCGGUGCUGGAGCUUCCCGGCAGCCUGCUGAUCGUCCCUCAGGCCACGCUGGGCGGGAAAGCCAAGGGCAGAGCGAUGCAGUACCACAACAACAUCGACAAAGAGCAGGGACUGUGCCUUUACAGCGCCUUUGUUUCUCUGUGCGAGAAAGAGCUAACGGCUGCUUCACCCGGGGGCGGAGCUGAGGCGGCGGUGAAACACGGGACGUACGGAAACAGACAAGUGCUGAAACUGGACACCAACGGACCUUACACACAUCUGAUGGAGUUCUGAACAGCUGAGAGACACGGUGUAGAGCGCCUUUUCCAACAGCAACUAUAAAUACAGUAAGUUUGUAAGGAUGCAGGGGAAAUGAGAGAAAGCGACACGACUUUUGUCAAACACGUUUUGACUGUAAGAAAAAACAAGGAGUCAAUAAAUAAACUGUACACACAUGCACUUAACAAAAAAUACUUUUAAUAUUGAGAUUUUCUUUUUCCCAGCAACUUUACUGCAAAAUCACUAUGGAUCAUGAAAUGAUGAUGUCCUCAAAUAAAACCAAAAUAAACCAAA